AGAGUGGGAUUAUUUUAUGCCCAUGUCAGAGGAAAAUGUCAAUGGAAGCAGGCAGCAUGGAAACUAUUGAGAUCCCCCAAGACAAGAUUGUCAAAAAGGGAUCCUUUAGGAAGAAGAUAGAGAAGCUGAGAAGAUGGAGCACCUCCUCAGGUGGGAGCUUCAAACGCCCACCCAAAACCAAGGCCCUCAGCCUGAACUCGCCGACUGACCCUGAGGAGGAACCCUUCAGAUGCGAGAUGGAGCGCAGGAAACUCAGACCCAUGGUGGCAUCUGUCUUUGGUCAGGACCGAGAUCUACGGCCAGAGGAAAUUGAAGAGCUGAAAGAAGCCUUCAAAGAGUUUGACAAAGAUAAGGAUGGCUUCAUUAGCUGUAAGGAUCUAGGCGAGUGUAUGAGGACGAUGGGCUACAUGCCCACAGAGAUGGAGCUGAUUGAACUCAGUCAGCAGAUUUGUGGAGGUAGAGUGGACUUUGAAGACUUUGUAGACCUGAUGGGCCCAAAGAUGCUGGCUGAAACAGCAGACAUGAUUGGAGUUAAGGAACUAAGAGAUGCUUUUAGAGAGUUUGACUCUAAUGGUGAUGGUCAGAUCAGUCUGGCUGAACUGAGGGAAGCCUUGAAGAAGCUGAUGGGAGAGCAGCUCAACCACAGAGAAAUUGAUGAGAUACUCAGGGAUGUUGACCUCAAUGGAGAUGGGCAGGUUGACUUUGAAGAGUUUGUGCGAAUGAUGUCUCGCUGACUUUGAGAAUAUACGAAAAAGUAAAAGAACAAUCGGUUUGUCUCCUAAUGUGAAGUGUAGCACAAUACGUUACAUAACUACCAUGCUGUUUCUUCAUCCAAACACCU